UAAAAAGAAGGGAAGCUGCCGGCCAUGGCGUACCCUGCCCCAGCCUAACACUGGGAACCUGUGUGGGGCGCCAGAGUCCGGAAGAGAAGCUUCGUGCUCAGCAGGACCGUGGGCGCCAGCCAGACAACCAGGAAGCGCAGCCCUCCCCUUAGCUGACUCUGGUGCUCUCUUUAGGCGGUCUUCACUAUCAACUGCACAGCGGACAGAGGCAGAGGAACGCAGAACCUUCUCACACAGCAGGAUAAAAAGGUGAAUUUGGAGCUGACAUGCAAAUAUAUCUUGUCAUAUAUUUCUCUGGCUUUGAUGUCAGAAUGCAGGCUUCUCCAUUUCGAAUGAGUCAACUAACUCCACCUGAAGAACUUCAUACUGUUGCCUAUGUGUUUACAAAUGGUGGGCCGCAAAUGAGGAGUGAUGAAGUAAAUCCGGUUGCAAAAGGACAUCAAAGCAAAAAGAAACAUUCCAGAAAAUCUAAGAGACACUCUUCAUCUAAGAGAAGGAAGAGUAUGUCCCUGUGGUUAGACAAACAGGAAGAUGCUGCAGUCACUCACAACAUCCAUGAAGAGAAGAUAAAUAACAGCCAACCAGCAACUAAUAACAUCUUGUCAACUGCUCCACCAUGGCUUGGUUUUCCUGAUGCUACCAUCACUCACAACAUCUGUGAAGAGAGGAUGGAAAAUGGCCAAUCCCAAACUGAUAAAGUCUUCUCAACUGUUUCCCCAUGGCUUGUUCAUAGGGCUGCAGCUGGUAUUCCAUCCAUGAGUACCAGAGAUCUGUAUUCAACUGUUCCUCACACUAUCUGUGAAUAGAAGAUAAAAAAUGAACAAAUAGCACCUGAUAAAUUCUUGUCUACUAUUACAGCGGGGCUUAUGAAUUUCACAUGGGCUGGUAUUUCACUCAUGAGUACCAGGAAUCAGUAUUCUACCGUCACUCGCAAUAUCCGUGAAGAGAGAAUGGAAAAUGGUCAACCCCAACCUGAUAACAUCUUGUCAACUGGUCCCACAGGACUUAUUAAUAUGGCAGCAACUCCUAUUCCAGCCACAAGUGCCAGAGAUCUCUAUGCUACAGUCACUCACAAUGGCCGUGAACAGAAGAUGGAAAAUGUCCAACCAGCACCUGAUAACGUGCUAUUGACUCUUCGACCACAGCUUAUUAAUAUGGCAGCCACUGGUAUUUCAUCCAUGAGUACCAGGGAUCCGUAUAUCACCGCCACUCACAAUGUCCAUGAGGCGAAGAUGAAAAAUGACCAACAGACACCUGAUAACUCCUUGUCAACAGUUCCACCAGGGUGUACUAAUCUGUCAGGAGCUGGUAUUUCAUCCAGGAGCACCAGGGGUCUGUAUUCUACUGUCAUUCACGAUAUCCAGGAGGAGGAAAUGGAAAAUGGUCAAAUCCCUCCUGAUGGCCUCCUGUCAAAUUCUGAUUUACCAGAGCUUAUAAAUAUGACAGGACAUCGUAUGCCACCCAAGGCGUUGGGUUCUUUCUCUUACGACUUCACAAGUCUCAGCAAAGAUGAGCUGCUUUACAAACCUGAUAGUAAUGAAUUUGCUGUAGGCAUCAAAAACUACAGUGUCUCUACAGGUGACCCACCAGUCACAGCAAUGCCUUCAGUGGAAACUGUGCCAAAUACACCACAAAUGUCUCCUGCCAUGGCAAAGAAAAUUAAUGACGAUAUAAAAUAUCAACUAAUGAAAGAAGUUCGAAGGUUUGGGCAAAAUUAUGAAAGAAUUUUCAUUUUGCUUGAAGAGGUACAAGGAUCUAUGAAGGUCAAGAGACAAUUUGUUGAAUUUACCAUCAAGGAAGCAGCAAGGUUUAAAAAAGUUGUCUUAAUUCAGCAACUCGAGAAGGUGCUUAAAGAAAUAGAUUCCCACUGCCAUCUCAGAAAAGUUAAGCACAUGAGAAAAAAAUAAUUGUGUUAGUGCAAAGACCAAGGAGAAACAAGAACAUAUGCUGUAGGAUGGAACAGGUUAUUGCUGAAGCUCUCUAUAAUUCUGAAGUGAUUUCCCUUCCAAAAGCUACGAAAAAGGGAGCUGUUUAAAUUUAAUAAAUCACUGUUAGUAAAAGCUGC